ACGCGGGGGCCUUUCCGAGCUUACUCCCUCCCUCCUUCCCUCCUCCUCCCCUCCUUUGCUCCCUCCCUCUGAGCCCAAUUGCUCAAGCCGCUUCCUUCCCCACCGCCAGCGCCAGUUCCUCUCCCGGUGGGGCCCGGGAAGGGCAACGAACGCUAGACGCCGGAACGGCCGCGGCAGCAGCUGUAAGACCAUGGCCCAGCCCCGAGGGGUCGUGAGCCCGGCGCCCAAGGCCUCUCGCACGCGGACCGGGCAGAACCCGAGGGGCGCCCCGCAGCCCCGCCCCUCGAGAGUGGACCUCAGCAGCCUGGACAGGUACCGGGGCAACGCCGCCGUCGCCGCCGCCUCCCGGGAGUCCCCUUCCCACAGCUCGCUGAUGCUCUCCGGAGCGGGCUCCGGGCGCAGGCGGGGAGCUCUGCGGGAGCUGCUGGGGUUGCAGGGGGCGGCUCCCGCAGGGUGGCUGUCCGAAGAGCGCACCGAGGAGCCGAUCACCGGCGCGCCCGGAGGGCCAAGCGGGCCGAACGGCAGCGGACUGUGCCUGGAACCGCGGGAGCACGCGUGGAUUCUGGCGGCCGCCGAGGGCCGUUUUGAGGUGCUUCAGGAACUGCUGGAGGCUGAGCCUGGGCUCCUGUUGCGAGGCGACCCGAUCACGGGGUACACCGUGCUGCACUGGCUGGCCAAGCACGGGCGCCACGAGGAGCUCAUUCUGGUGCAUGAUUUCGCCCAGCGCCGGGGACUGCCACUCGACGUGAGCGUCCCGGGCAGCGGCGGCCUGACGCCCCUCCACCUGGCGGCUCUGCAGGGCCACGACAUGGUCAUCAAAGUGCUGGUGGGCGCCCUGGGCGCUGACCCCACUCGCCGAGACCACAGUGGCCACCGGGCUUGCCACUACCUGCCGUCCAACGCACCCCUGAGGCUGCGUGAGCUGUCGGGAGCGGAGGAUUGGGAGACCGCGCGCAGCAGCGAGCGCAGCAACGCCAACAACAACAGCAGCGGCAGCGGUGGCGCUGUGUGGACGCUGAGACGGACCCCCAGCGCAACGAGCGCGACAACCACCGAGACAAAAACGCGAGCCGCGGCUCCUCGGGCCAAAGAGAAGGACACUGCGGGCAGCCGGGUGGCACAAAUCCAGGGCCUUUUCCGUCACCUAUUCCCCUUCUUCCAAGAUCGUUGAGGACGAUGGAGACAAGAGUGCUUGGAGGCGCCGCGACGCUAUGGGGAGGCCUCUAUCCUUGGUUGUCCCAGGUCCCACUGAAGGAGAAGCGCCCCUGUACACAGCGUGGACCUGCAAGGGGCAGACCCCCUCUGGGCCCAACUCAGGUACCUGCCCCAGGUUUGCUGCAGCCACUGGCCAGAGGCACCCAGGGCCUAGGGCAACCCCUAACUGAGAGAGAGCCGAGGACCAAGUGGGCUACCGGACUGAUUUAGGAACAAGGAGCGUGGUCCCGUUUGGGAGAGGGAAAGUUAAGCUUUCCAGUAGCCACGCUGGGCAGGCGGAAGCGCUGUUUAUUAAGAAACAUUCACUAGAAAAAUGAGUUAAGAUUGCAAACCAUUGAUGCAGAGGAAAGCCUAACUGCCUGUUUAACUCUGCCAUUAAUGAAUCUCGUUGUGCGGGUAGAGGCGGUCUCUGGCUCUUGAGACUACCCAGGCCUUACUGGUACCUGUUUCAGUGUAUCACGGAUGACUUCUUAAGCAUAUUAAAGUGGAAUGUUUUUUCCUUUCACAUGA